UCACGAGAUGGAUGGCCCGUCUGGGAAACUAACGCAAUUAUAUAGAUGGCAGAGUUUCUUUCGAAUCUAGUAAGACUUGGCUGAGUUUGCAAUCAACAUACACUACACGUCUCGAAGAAUAUUCAAGCACAUCAAAAUCAAUUAUCAACAUCAGAAAUAACAUCAAUCAUGUCUGCCGACGGCCACGGACUUACAGACGAUGCCAUCAUGGGCGCGCACGACAUGAUACAUCAUGCCGAACAAGAAGAGCACGAGCACGAAGCUGCAAUGAAGCGGGGAAUUACAGACGAAGCGGCCGAGGCUGAAUAUCAGUUGAUACACGGAGCUGAGGAGCGAGCUGCUCGGGCUGAGAGGAGACGUAACUCUCUUACCAAAGUAAAGAGGACGUUCGAAAAGAUUAUUCCUGGGAAGCAUUGAGCUCCUAUCUGAUUACUGACUCGCUAGCGGCGAGUGAGGUGCUUGUACAACAAAUUGAGAGUUUGAGGAUAUCCUGUAUUUGUACGGGCUUUAGGCCUAUGGAGGACUCUGUUUAAAGUAACACGCGCUUCUAAUUGUACCUUUACAAAGUUGCUACUCUUUCUAGUUCAAUAUAUUCCAAAGUAUCCUA